AUGAGCAAAAUCGAAAUUGUUCACCAUUCUCAUUCCAGGGACGUUGGCACGCACACGUGCCAUCGAUUCCGUGGGUGUGUUGCCAUCGCACACUUUCUUCAUUCACGCCAUCAGUCUCCGAUAUUUACAUUGCCUUCCUUACCUUUUUCUCCAUCAUUCGCCAUACCGUCUUUCGGUGCACCCUCACUAAACAAGGGCGCCUUUGUGCAUUACUGUUAUUGCUGUCUGGAUGGUGCAAAUGCGUCUCCCGCAUCUGAAUGCCCACGUGAGCACUUCCUCCUCUCGGCAAUUUGCAAAAGCAAGUCUGUGAAAUCUUGGUUUCAAAGCGGCCCUACAGGGCACUCCGACGCUCUUUCAUACUCUUCCUUGCUAUUAAUGACCCCUUCCUUCGCCCCCUACUACAGGAACACUUUAUUCGUAAUUAUUUUGUCGCGAGUUAUACAGGUUUCUCGGAUGGCUGCAUAUUAUCUGUCUGUACUAAUGAUGUGCAUUAUUUGUUCCCUCCGUCCACCUAGCGGUAUUACUUUGGUCGAUCCGUCCCUUCUGAUCUCCUGCCUACAUCUUGUUGAGGAGCCGGUUAUGGAGCUCUGUUUCUACAUGGCUUUGAGGUUGAAUGUGCCGUGA